AGGCCAGGAAAUAAAUUUGAUUCUUCUUUGUAAUUUACUUAGUGCCUACAUAGCAUGUAGUAUAUUAGUAAGCUUUCAGUAAGCAUUACUGAGUGAAUAAUUCUGUCAGUGUCAGUACCUAACGUUUAAAGUUUUAAUCUGGCUAUAAUCCCACUAUAUUUCUCACUUUUCCCCAACAUGGACCCUUAUUUAGGCAGGUGAGUCUCUUUAAUAUUCUUUUCAAUUUCUCUUUCAAUCUUUUCCUAAUGAAUCUAGCCCACAUUGAUCUGUUUCUUCUUCUGUUCCUGUUGAAUUUACUGUUAUAAUUAUUUUCAGCCAGUUAAGUAUUUUCAUCCUAUCUGUAUUAUCAGCUGACUAAUGGAAUAAACAAAUACUGAUUUGUUUGAGAGAUUUCUAUUACUUUUUUUUUUUUUGCCUCAGGUAAUUUUGGAGUUAAUGGAGCCAGACGGACCUCCAGAGUCAGAGAGUUCAGAAAGAUUAAUAUUUUUCUCACAGCAAGAAGAAGAAGAUGAUGAAGAAGAAGGUGAUAAUGAAGGAGAAGCAAAAGAACCAGAAGAAACAGGCACCCUUAAUCCUGUCUUACAACCUGCCCUCACAGGGGAUGUAGAAGGUUUGCAGAAGAUUUUUGAGGAUCCUGAGAACCCUCAUCAUGAACAGGCCAUGCAGCUACUCUUGGAAGAAGACAUCAUUGGGAGAAAUUUGUUGUAUGCAGCUUGCAUGGCUGGGCAAAGUGAUGUGAUUAGAGCUUUGGCAAAAUAUGGUGUGAAUCUGAACGAAAAAACCACCAGAGGUUACACACUCUUACACUGUGCUGCAGCCUGGGGUCGUUUGGAAACUUUGAAAGCACUUGUGGAAUUGGAUGUUGAUAUAGAAGCUCUGAACUUUCGGGAAGAAAGAGCUCGAGAUGUUGCUGCUCGGUAUUCCCAGACCGAGUGUGUUGAAUUCCUGGACUGGGCAGAUGCAAGGCUGACUCUGAAAAAAUAUAUUGCAAAGGUCUCUGCAGUUGUUACAGACACAGAAAAGGGACCAGGGAAGCUCUUUAAGGAAGACAAGAAUACCAUCCUCAGUGCAUGCCGUAUAAAAAAUGAAUGGUUGGAAACCCAUUUGGAAGCUUCUGUCAGCGAGCUUUUGGAGCAGAAACAACAAUUGGAAGAUAUUGUGACUCCUAUCUUCACAAAAAUGGCAACACCGCAUCAUAAAAGGUGAUGCAGUUUCCAGCUAGUUCAUUUGAGAUGCUCAGUCUUGGAAACCAGUCUGUGUGGAGAGACCCAUAUGGACAGAAACUGAGGCCCUAACCCACAGCCCUGUCUGAGCUUCAGCUAACAGUCACUGCUAGUGAGCCAUCUCGGAAGCAGAUCCUUCAAUCAAGCCACCACAGCCAAUGCAGUAUGGAGCCUUCUCUGUUGAGUCCUGCUAAAAUUGUAGAUGUCAGUUAAAUAAAUGAUUGUUGUUGUUUUAACCUAC